CACUCACUGGUCAGAAGAGAUGGCAGAGCUACAGCAAACAUCUGAACCCAUCAACUUUGUGCAUCAAGAUGAAAUCUGGAAGGCACAUGUAAAGGCUGAGAAACAUUCGGCUGAAGUUUGGCCCAACAAAUGGGGCUUCCUGUCUGAAGCCUACAAGGAGUAUCAGUUGGAGAGCAUGAAGCUGAAGAAGGCAGUCAAGGUGGAGCUACCUCAGCACCUGGCUACACGACCUCUGACCCCUCCAGAAAAAUACAUACAUGUUAGCCCCUCCCCUCCUGUUCCUCAGACAACUCAGGCCAUGAUUGGUUGGCGUUCAGGUCACUCACAUCUGCAGCUGGAAAAAUAUGGCACAGUGCAUCAUGGGAGGCGCAGUUUUCUGAAGGAGAUGGGUUGGCCUCUUGGGUCUUGCAUAUAA